AUGCGUGCCGAUUACUCCAGCAGUCGGAGGGCCAGGCCUCCGCUUCCCGAGACCCUUUGCGGGCGCCCGCGGCCUCCUGCCGCCUGUUUCCCGGAUGUCGCUCUCGCCGGAAGAGAAGCGAGUUUCUUAGGGGGCCGGCCAUCUUGUGUGGGCAGCAAGCGAGCGCGGAGGGGGUGGGCCAGGGGCCUGGGCAGCAUCGGAGGAGGAUCCCACCGAGAGGGGCCCAUCAUGCCCGGACACCUGCAGGAAGGCUUCGGUUGCGUCGUCACCAACCGCUUUGACCAGCUCUUGGACGACGAAUCCGACCCCUUCGAGGUGAUCCAGGCGGCCGAGAGCCGCAAGAAAGAGAGCGGCGGCGGAGGGGGAGGCGGCGGCGGCGGAGGGGGCCAUCAGGGCGGCCGCGGCGGUGGCGGCGGGCAGGCGGCCCAGGCCAACUCCUCCUCAAGCGGCGGGUCGGGCCAGCCCGGCUCCGGCGGCGGGAGCGGCAGCGCGGCCAAGCAGCUGCGCAGGGAGUCGCAGAAGGAGCGCAAAAACCCUCUGCCGCCCUUCGCCUCCUCCUCCUCCUCUGGGCCUGGCGGCGCCGGCGACCGAAGAGAGGAUGGCGGCGGCGGCGGGCAGCCUGGCUCCGCGCCCCUCAGGAAGGAAGGUAAGUGGAGGGAGGGGUGCCUCCUUUGAGGGGGGAAGCCAGGGCAGCGUCCCUUGCGCGGGCGGAGGCAGCCUCCCCCCCGUCACCCAGCGAGUCCGGCCCGCAGUAAGAGCCCCCGGCCCGCCUUUGACGCAGCACGUGGUGCUGGAGCAGGAUCCCCCCCGCCCCUUCCUAGAUAGAUUUCCUAGAAAAGACACGAUCCCUUUCCUCCAUGCUUUAUUAGGGCGGCCUGGGGUGCUGUGCUCGCGUUGCCUCGCGUGCAGGCAAGGGUCGACCACCUCGUGUCGACCAGGCGCCGUGUGAACGCGCGCCUCAUGGGAGGGGGGAAACGGGGAGAGGCGGCUCGCUGGGCCCCCGCACUUCUUCUGAGGGAGGGAAGCAAGGAAGGUGAGGGUUGCUGGGCAGGUGUGUGUCAGGAUACUUGGGCCUUGCCCGGGAAGGGGGGCAAGUUAGUGGCGGGCCUCCAAUGUUUGUAACGGUGGCGCUUCUUUGAGAGCGAAAAAGCCUGCGAGCGGAGAGUGCUUUUUGCGAGGAGAGGGGCUCAGGUUUGCCAAGCUGCAAGCGCGCAGGCAGCAGCGUCCUGGAUUGCCGCUGCUAAUGAAGUUUAGCCCAUUUGCACCUGGCCACGUGCGUGGCCCGCGUGUUGCUUGGCUCCAGCUAUCUGCUGCUGCCGCCUACUAGGGGCUGAGGGAAGAGACAAAAUGGAGUGAGCCCUUGGUGUGCUUUAAGUUGGGCCUUGCAGGCUAACGUGAGAAAGGCACUUUUUGAAUAUAGGUCCUAAGUUUUAAUUGCAGGCAUGCCGCCCAAUGCUAGGUAUGCUUAUUAGGACGUAAGCUUCACUUCAGUAGGUGUUAUUUCCAGUUGAGAGCGACUAGGAUUUGCCAUGGAGGUCUCUCUUUAGUUCAGUGUUUGCACUUCUUUUCUGAUGUGGAUAUCAAAUGAGUUGUACAUGUUCUGAGAUGAAAUUUUAAGAACUGUGCACUGCUGUGUGAACCUCUCACCCCUUUGUAACUUGUGUAGUAUGCAGAACACACCAAUUUUUUGUUUUAAAGUUGGAACCUAAGAAAGUAUUGAUAUUUUUCUGUCACUGCACUAAUUAAGGAACCCACAUGUUUAAUGUGAUUAAGAUUACAGUUACCGCGGAAUACGUCCUAAUGAAUUCAGUGGGACUUAUUUCUGAAUAGGCACAUAAAGGUUUGGGCUAUAAAUGUCUAAAUUUUCAGGACAUUUGGUAAAUGGUACCCAGCUUCAUGGUGAUAAUUGGGUUUAUUUCUCUGAACCUGAAUAAGACAAAAAGAACCAUGUGUUGCACUGUUUUCCCAUGUACUUUCAUUAGGAGGGAGAACCGUGGGCCUGUAACUUGAUGAUAAAAAUUAAGUGUAAAGUUGUAAUUGAGUUGUGACAUAUACAACAUUCUAAAGUACAUAAAGUGAACAAUUAAGAGUUGGUUACAAAUGAAGUAAACACUUAAAAAAACCCUUUUGUGUAUUGGGCUUAAUGCAGUAACAUUUUUCUUAAGACUGGACUGCUAGUGUGCAUUUUCCAGAUUACUUGCUACAAAUGAAUAGCUACUUAGUGUGAUUAAUUUACUGCUUUAUGCUUACAAAUAAUUUGCAAAAAGCAUGAAGUGUGUUCUUCUUUCAAAAAUUGCUUUAGUCCUUAAGCAUUUUCUUGAUCAUGGGAACGCUGCUGUAUCCCAACAGCAAAUGUGCUAAGAUUUUUGAAUAGCACAGACCUGACAUCUGUUAAUUGACAGUGUACUAAUGUCAUAACUACCGUCCAAAGUAUUUGAGAACCUGAUAAAUAAGGCACUUCAUUUAUUAUUUAUAUGCUAUGAAAUAAGCAUUUGAGCUGUAAUCAGUAACUGCUAGUCCUUGUGUCAUAUGCAUCUUUUUAAACUGCUUGUUGGCCCAAUUAUGGAGGCUCUUAAUUUCUCUUCCCACCACCAGCUUGCAGUUGUACUGUAAUCUUGUGGUGACUCUCUUUCAGCAGGGAGGGAAAAUUGAAGAACCUUGUAGAUUUCAGCUAGACUAUGAAGUUACCAGGUUGAGCAAAAAAAAGAAAAAAAAUGAGGGGGAAAGGGGACUUGUGAAUAUUGGAGUAGUGGCAGCAGUAGCAUGUGGCUUAGUUAGGUGUUGGUGGGAGGAUUGGCUUUUUGACAAUUAACAAAUAAAUAAAACCGGCUAUUGUAGAAUGGCAACAGCAAAUGAACGUUAAAUUAUUAUAGCGAAAUAUUGGCUCAAUGAAUUAAGAAAAAACGUAGCUGUGGUCAGUGGAUUAACCAAUAAAUAAGUAUGUUUAGGUUGUUGAUGAUGGUCUGAGGGCACAUGAGGUACCUGGAUGACUGACUGUGCACGUGUAUGAUGCCUUGGGCUUCACAGUGGAAGAAAGGCAGAGGGUGUAAAUGCAAGAAUAUAUAUAUAUUUAAUAAUAAUUUGAAACACUUCUAAAGCAGUUCUGAAACUGCACAGUUCUGAAAGUAAAGUGUAAAAUUUUGAAAUUCAAAAUUAUUGUGGCUUUUAGAUUUUUGUGCUUAUAAGUAAAGGUUUUUUGUAUACAAGUAGCUUUAAAUGGUAAGUAAGGCUGUUCCUCAGGAAGGGAGAUGACUUUGUAAUUAACACAUUAAAAACCAAGAUUUGGAAUAUUUAAGUUUACACCCUGUGUUAAUACGGAUACAGUGUCUUGUGUGACCGUCAGAGGCACAUAUAAAAUAGAGUGGCAGAAUCUGAAAACUUAAAUGUCAAUACAGCACCAGUGCCUGUAGGAAGUAACUAGAUGCAUAUUCCCAUGCAUUGAAUGGAAGAACCUCUUUCAUUCACAAAAGGGACUGAGAUCCACUGGAGCCUCCAAACACCCCUUCCCACAGCCUCCCUCAUGGUUCCAGAGGAUUUUGCAGCCCUCUGGAGCAGCUUUUCAGGGAGCUACAGAGGGAACCUCUACAGUAGAGGUUCAGCAGGAACCAUCCCUCCCUUCUUUCAGAUGUCUUUUGAAAACUAUUGUUUAGAUCAGGGGUCACCAAACUUAGGCCUGCGGACUGGAUAAGGCCCGAGGGACUCAUUUAUCCGGCCUGCGGCAAUGCCUGCUGCCACCGCCCGCUCUUACCUGCGCUGUGCGGCUGCCCACUUCCGGGUCGGAGGAGCAGCGGAAAUAGCUUGUGCACAAGCGUUAUUUCCUGUGCACAUCUGGGUUGGAGGAGGCCCAUGCUCAUGCGCACAAGCUAUUUCUGGUGCUCCUCCGACCCGGAAGUAGGGUGUGCACACGCGUUUGGGCAUGCGCUCCUCCACCUUCUGUGCGAUCGGCGCUGGAGACACCAGCCCGAGGUGUGGUAAGUUUGCUGACCCCUGGUUUAGAUAGACCUCUGCUAUCUUAAUUUUCUGUUUUUAAGCAGUUAGUAUUUAUUGAUGUCCUAGUGACAUUUUUGUGGAUGCUUUUUGCUAAUUUUAUUUUUAUAAGUUGUAUACUACUUUGAUACAUUUUUAUGAAAGUUUGGAAAAUAAAUUAAUAAGGAGGAAUGUUGCCUUUUCCCUCCUUCCUCUAGCAGAGGAGCAUCUUGUGUGUAGAGUUCAAUUCCCAAGCACUCCGGAUUCAACCCUUUGAGUCAGUCAUGCUUGAACACAUUUUUACAUGAACUUUGAGUGUGGAAUGUUUAGCUUUAGUUAAGGAAACUCGGGUGACUUGUUUUUUGCGAGAUAUGGACUUUUUUUUUGACAUUACAGUGGUACCUCGGGUUACAGAGGCUUCAGGUUACAGACUCCGCUAACCCAGAAAUAGUACCUUGGGUUAAGAACUUUGCUUCAGGAUGAGAACAGAAAUCGGGCGGCGGCAGCAGGAGGCCCCAUUAGCUAAAGUGGUACCUCAGGUUAAGAACAGUUUCAGGUUAAGAACGGACCUCCAGAACGAAUUAAGUUCUUAACCCGAGGUACCACUGUAGUUCUUACAUCAUUGUCCAUUUCCAACCUGGCUGGGGUAUGUGUGCUCUGCUCAUUGCAAGAAAUAAAAUAUUUCAAAUUUUAAGGCACUUAAAUCCGUUUCAGGCCCAUGGUUUUAAGUAAGUUUCAUAUAUUAAUGGGCACAUAUUUCUGUAAUGAUUCCUUCACAAAUGUCUUUGUGGAGUUCUCAGGAAGUCUUGUGGCAAAUUUCCUUUCCAGGGCCAGUCCUGCUUACCCUCUUGAGAGAGUUAUGGUGUGUGCCAUCAGCAAUCUAUGCCAUUAGGUUUUUACAGUGUUCUUUUGUCCUAAGCCAUGUCACGUCCUCCCAUUUUCAUGCUAAUUUUUUGUUAUAGCAAUUAAAGAUGUGGGUUUUUUGGGGGGGACCCAUCUGCAUAUUAUCACUCCUCUUCACAUAUGAGUAUCAAACUUCCAAAGAGAUGAACAAUCUGUUCAUGUUGAUAACUCAUUUUACCUUGGGCAUUGAUACAGUAUAAUGGGAGGGGGGUUGUUGUUGUUGUUGCUUUAAAAAAACCCUGUAUUUAUUAAGUGCACAUAUUGCCUGGUUGGCUUACAACCCAUGUAAAAGACAAUCUGUAAUAAAUGAAAUAACCAAAAAAUUGCAAAAGCUUUAAUUGAAACAGGAUAAAACAGCCCCGAUUUUAAAAACAAUUAAACAGUCUCCAUAAAUGGGAGGCUAAGUACAAAUGCUGAAAAUGGAAAAAAAUAUUAGUGCAGUUGAUACAAACAUAAAAUCAAUAUUAAGAACAUAACAAUGGCCUGCUGUAUCAGACCUAUUGCCCAUCUAGUCCAGCAUAGAUUUCCACUGUUAGCAAAGGGUCCCUGCUUGGCAUAACAUGAGAAUUUCUCCUUCCUCAACACAAAAGAAUGUGUUUGUGUCUCAUUUUGAACAAGAGGACUGUUGGGGCCAGUGGCAAUGGUAAUUUAUGGAUCGCUUGUUAUACUGUCACUUGAAGGGGGAAACUUAAUUUUUAAAAAAAUGUGCAGUAAACUUCCUUUGAAGAAUGGUGGAACAUAAGGGUUGUAUACAGAUUAUAAUUUUUCAGAAAUUUUGAAGCCAUUCUACAAAACUGGUAUUGACAGAAGAAGAGUUCAUCUCAUAUGAGUGCUGUGGACAACUAUUAGGUAGUGCAAGUAAUCCUGCUGACAUGCUCUUGCUGCUAUACUCUCAUCCUGUGCUUUAAGACUAUUUUUAAAGUUUGCUUUAAAGUUUGGUGAUAUUUUGGCCUAAAAAUAAUUUUAUUAUUUAUACCCCGCCCAUCUGGCUGGGUUUCCCCGGCCACUUUGGGCAGCUUACAGCACAUGUAAAAAAUGGUAAAACACCAGACGUUAAAAUUUCCCAGUACAGGGCUGCCUUCAGAUGUCUUCUAAAAGUCAGUUGUUUAUUUCAGUCAUUGACCAGUCUUGAGAUCAAGGAUCUGUUGAUAUGCGCACAAGUUUGUCCCAAAUUAUUCAAAUUAUUAAGUGACAGUUGUGUGUAAUUCAGUGUAUGUUAUACUAGAGGGGAGAGUGUUGGAUAACCAUCAAACAAGCAUUUCAACCGUAAACACAGCUUAAAAUCUGCUGCUUCAGUGGCACAAGAGCUCCUUUUAACUGCCUUAAACUAGUUUUAACUAGUCUUGCUACUGCUGUUUUCUCCCGCUUUAUAUCCUGCACACUAAGGCAUUUUACAAAGUAUGUAACAGCAGCAAAAGAGCCACAGACUUACACUGUAAUCUGCAGCUAUAUACUGCUUUAGGAAAACAUUUCAUCUGAAUAAUUGGUACUACAUCUAUUUUUUUUUUUAAAAAUUCAAUUAUUCAAAUACAGCUUUAAGUGCAUGUCUAAUUUAUAGUACUUUGAAUUCCACGAAUUCACCAUUUUAGCCUUAAUUUCAUGAUAGCUAACAUUCCUGCCUCUUCUCACAAAUCAAAGCUUUCUCACCCUGCUCACUGGAGGUACUUGGAAGCAAAGAUCAACUGCAAAGGCCAGUGUGACUGUCAGGACAAAACUCUUGCUUAUGUCUCCACCACAUUUUAAAGUAGACUUUGUAGAGGAGAAGCUCAGUUCUAGGCCUGCAUAGACAAGCCAGGACAAGCUGCCACAGAGUGGCAUAGAAGAGAAGAGUUGUCAGGGCAACAUGAGCACAUUCUAGCAUGCAGUGACUUUGGAAGAACAUGGAUUGGAUGAGCUGCCUGGGGAUCUUUUCAGAGUUCAGGGGUUAGGAAGAGAGCGUGUUUGACCUGCUUGGGAGUUUGAAAGGGAGCAGGGAGAAUAGACAAGGAGGAUUUCCCCCAUGAUUCCUAAACAUGUGGAAGGAGUAUAAUAACAGUGGUAGUUCAGAAUUCCCUUUCCUGUAAUCUGAAGCCGCAGCAGGUAGCCUCAAUAGUGGACUUGAUCAAGACAUAGAUAUUAAAAGAUCCAGUCACCAGUGGCAACCUCUUAAGUGGACCUUUGAUCCAUUUCUGUUCAGGGAGAGCAGAUUUUAUUUCUCCUCUGCUUAAAAGAAGUAUUAAAUUUUACCAUUGGUUUUCAUUAACAAUACUGCUCUUCUAGCUACCUUUUGGUAGUAGCCUACAUUUCUUAACUGUAAUGUACAGGAACCUUCUGGAGUGCAGCAAAGUUCAUUGCAUGUAAUGUUAGGCCAUAUUUUAGUGCUAUGUGAAUGAGCCUGAAAAGAGUGUUGGGCUCACAAGCUCCCUCUCUCAUCGCUGGAAGGAGGACUAUGGCAUAACUUAAUGUUGCUUUAAAAGAUGUAUUGAAACCAGGAAUCCAGGUUUGAAAUAAUCUCUGAGUAGUUAAAUAAGCUAUCUUCAUAAACCAUGGGUGAGCAUUACGUGCAAGUUGAGCACAGGAGCUCAGGUAGAAAGUUGACAUACAUGUCUGUUUCACAGUGAAGACAUGGAUUUAGCAUUCAACAGAGUUCUGGAAGCCACUCCAGAGUAUCAUUUUAAUGUUAAUUGGGGGUUUAGGCCUUUUGGUUUUGCAUAUGAUAUUGGUAGUAAAGUAACGUUUGCAGCAGCCCUUGGUGCCAAGAGGAAAAUCCUUUGUAACACAUAAAUUAAUGUAAAUUUCAUUUUGUAUUUGAAUGGAAACCUUGGGGGCUGAUACACAGAGUCUUUAAGACAGCCUCCCCCAACCAGAUGCUCUCCUGAUGCUGUGGACUACAGCUUCUUUGUCUCAGCCAUUGUGACCAGAAGUGUGGUCUGGGAUGAUGGGAGUUGUUGGUGCUGUCACAACUACUCCUAAAGAAGGAAAUAGCCACAAGGUAGGGCUUAUUGCUGCUCUAGCAGCUUGCUUUUUGGAGCUAUGGGUCCAACUUUCUUACCCUACCACAGCACAAGCCAUCAUCCAGAAUAAAUAACUCAGUACAUUUUCAUACGUAAUGAGGAGAGUGAUGGUCCUCUCCUUCCCUAACUAUGGCUGCUUUCCUUACUCUUGUAUAAGGCUGUGGAGUGGUAUUGAUAGAUCAGAUUGGAAACAGCUUCACCCCUUUACACCACCAGAGGAGCUUAAAAAUAAGAAAACGUUCUUACGGGUUUCCUUUAAACAGAAAGAAGGGGUUUGGCAGUGUAUGCUUCUAGGGGCUUAGAUUUGACUUUUCCAGAGUACAGGUUGAAGUAGUAUUAAAAAGCUGAAAAAUUAGUUUGACCAGAUGUCAUUCUCCAUGGUAAGCAGUCAUUUUUAUGUUCAAAAGCAUAAAAUACUAUGAUAGUAAAAUACUAUGAGACUAUAAUACUAUGAUUAAAAUACACCCCAUGAGGGUCUCAUAACAAUAGUCUGCAUAACAAAUACAGACACAAAUCAUACUAAUUGAGUUUUAAUUGCAUACAAAAAUAUCUAAAUAUUACAGGUCAUUGGUAAAACAUCAGUUUCAGUAGUCUUUUUCAAGUUUCUCCAAAUGAAUUAUAACUUCUAAUUUCUUGAAGGCGGGGGUGGGGGGUGUCUUACCAGAUUUCAGUGCAUGAUGUGCACUCGUCUUUCCAGGAUAGUUGUGUGUUGUAAUUCUUCGAACUUGAUAAAUCUUCUAUAUUGGAAAAUUACUUCCUACAAGGUACACACAAUUCUCUGCUUUAUUAUAGUCUAUAUCAUGUUCUGUAUGCUAUCAAACUAUCAAAGCAAAAUUAUACACACUUCCUAGUUUCCAGCUGUGCUUCAGUGUACAAAACAAUCUGUCUGAAAUGUUAGAACUCCUGACUGCCCCAAGGAAGGAAUAAACUCACCCAAUAUCUCAUAUCUACUUAUAUCAGCUUGGGCAGGGGUAGCCAGUGAGCUGACUUCUAGAGGAUGUUGGAAUACAAGUCUCAUCAUCCGUCACAACUGGCUAUAUUGGUGUUGUAUUCCCACCAUGCCCCUUACACGGCGCAACCUUCAUGCACACCUUUAAAGGCACAUUGCCACAUUUUUUGCCGUGUAAGUUUCAAAUAACAUGGUUAUUUUUAAAAUGAAAACUUCCAUUAGUACAGCAGAGGUGUUACUUGGCUAUAAUUUGGAUAUCUUUAUUUGUUAUGUGGAGUAGUUUUAUGAUACUACCUCCAAGCCUUAGAACAACUAGUGUCUUCUACAGGAUUCCUCUGCUGUGUGUUCAAGAAUAACAGUUGCUUUGUGGAAGUAGCUAAAUAACUUACUGAUGCAGAUUGCUUUCUAUUUUAGGGAUAAGGCGAAUUGGCAGAAGGCCUGAUCAACAGCAGCCUCAGGGAGAAGGCAAGCCUAUUGAGAGGAGGCAAGAGAGACGGCCUCCUCGUGAACGCAGGUUUGACAAACCUGCUGAAGAAAAGGGUGAAGGAGGAGAAUUUUCUGUUGAUAAGUAAGAACUGAACAUUUUAAGAUUGAUUGGCAGAGAAAAUUGUAUGCAGGAUGUCCUCUGGUUAUAGCAAGAUGUUCUCUGAUUAGUCUGUUAAUGGGUUUUCAUUAGGUAGUGCGGUAUGUAUUUGUCUUAAUGUGGCAUGCUUUUGUAUUUUAAUAUGAACCUGUUUUAGGAUAUUGUGCUCCCCCUAAAGGAUCAAAGUUUUGAUAUAAGCAUUCUCCUGGAUCAUCUAUUGUCACUGGAGGCACAGACAGCCUUGGUUGCUCAAAAUGCAUUUUAUCUAUCAGCAUUGUUAGAAACUCAGAUAUGUAAGCUAAUUGUCAAAUGGCACCUUAAACCUAGGUUAUGGUCGCCACAACGGGAUGUCUAAACACCAUGAUUUUUUUUUUUCAAACAAUGAACAUUAUUAUUACUGUUAUCAUCAUCAUCAUUUCUAUACCACUUUAUCUUUUAAAGAAAAGAAAUCCAAGCAAUUUGCAACACAUUAAAACAGCAAAUGAAACAACCCAGAAUAAAACAAAUUAAGCUUCAUGGAAAAUAUUUCAGCUCCUUUUCUAUGCUUUCCCUGAAUUUAUUUACGACCUUAAUUUUUUUUUAGCUGCCCCAUAGCAGAAGUCCUCUAGGAAGCCAGUGUGAUAUAGUGUUUAGAGUGUCUGACUAGGACCUGGGAGAUCAGGGUUCAAAUCCCCACUCAUUCAUGAAACUCACACUGUGACCUUGGGCCAGUCACAGCCUCUUAACCUACCUCACAGGGUGGUUGUAGGGAUUAACUGAGGAGUGGCAUGAACCAUGUAUUGCUUGGAGAAAAGGUGGGAAAUAAACGCAGUAACUAAGCUCUUCUGUUUACCUGCUUAAGAAAGAGGUGUCAGUUGCCAACCUAGCAUUGAGAGACCUUGCAUGGCACCUGUGCCUCGUGAAUUUCUAACACUGUAUUUCAGCAUAUAGCUUAGCCACUCUUAUUAACACUUGGGUAGUCUCUCAUAUGGAUUACUGCAAUAUUGUAUAUGUAUGGCUGCCUUUGAAAACAAUAUGGAAACUACAACUGGUCCAGAAUAGGACUAAGAUUACUGAUAAGAACUGAUGGAUAUAAUCAUACUGCACUUGAGCUUUGCCAUCUACACUGAUUUCCAUUUUGUUUCUGGGGCCAAUUCAGAAUGUAUAAAGCAUAAAAGCCAUAAAUGACUUGGGGCCAGGGUACCUGAAGAAUUGCCUUUUCAUACACACACCCCUACAUGAAGCCUAAGAUCAUCUGGCUUUAUACAGAAGUCAAGUCUUAGAGGACUUCACUUGAAAAUUAGUAUACAAUUUAUUAAAUAAAUAAAACAAAAUCUUCUCAAGCCUUCUGUGUACCCUGCCAAGUGAGAUGGGGUGGGUGGCUUCUUGAGAGAGGACCUUUUUAUUGUUGAUACCACAGCUAUGUGAUGCUUUCACCAGAGAGACUUGCCUGACACCUACUUUAUGGUCUUUUCAGUGUCAGGUAAAAAUGUUACUUUCCUAGGCUUUUUAAAUCAGCUGUACUUAAAAAAUUCUCUGCUUCUUAUUUUAUUUCAUUGCUUUGUACUGGUUCAUGUUUUCAUGCUGUAUUUCAUCUGUGGUUAUAAUUAUUACUGUUACAUUGACCAGAGAACGUUUGUUGUUGGGCAGUAUGUGAAUACUGAAAUGGAAAAAGAUACAAAUAACAUUAAUAGCUCUUAAGUAGUUGCAGCAUAAUUUUAGAACUUGAUAUAAUAUUAAGAAAGAUGAUUACUAGCACUGCCAAGGUAGAAGUAGAGUUUUUAGUGUCAUUCCUAAUUUCGCUUUAUUUUACAAUAGACCCAUUAUUGAUCGUCCAAUGCGUGGCCGUGGUGGACCAGGUGGAAGAGGGGGCCGUGGUGGCAGAGGACGUGGAAUGGGCAGAGGAGAUGGUUUUGACUCCCGAGGCAAACGUGAAUUUGAUAGGCAUAGUGGAAGCGACAGAUCGUAAGUCUUAAACUCGUUCUUUUUUAAAGUGCAUUCAUAUCAGGAUAAUACUUUGAAAAUUUGCUUUUGAAAAUCUAUAUUCCAACACUAUUAUGUUAACUCAGUUUUGUUAGUUCUCUUUCACAUUCACAUUUCAGUGGUCUAAAGCAUGAGGACAAGCGUGGUGGAAGUGGAUCGCACAACUGGGGAACUGUCAAAGAUGAACUAACGUUAGUAUUUUGUAUUGAAAUACUUGUUCAGAAUAAACUAAAUUAUAAGAAAAGACCAUGGGUAUUUUAAGUUUGCAAGAUCACAUAAUGAGUGAAAAAAAUCAGGAGAGGUAGUGAAAAGGAGCAGGAUUUCCCAUUUCAUUGUUCUGAGUAGCUCUUUACUGUUCCCCAAGAAGAGCAGAUUUACAAGAAACAUACUCAAUUUUGAUUCAAACAUUAUUGGUGAUACCUAAUAGUCAUAGCCUGCAUAGGCCCUUUAAAAUCAAUGGAGUUAAGGAAUGCCAGUCCAUUGAUUUCAGUAGGUGGUCUCGUGAGUAUGAUUAAUGUUGGAUAUCCCUAAUGUAUGCACCACCCAUUUUUCUGGCUUAGUGCAGGAUCAUUUCCAUUUACCAGUGUGUGUGUGUGUGUGUGUGUAUAUAUAUAUAUAUAUAUAUGCAUCCUGCCUGUGUGCUUUCCUGAAGGGGCAUCAGUAUAGCAGCAGUAUAGCAAAUAGCAAGCAUUUUUCUAAAUUUGGAAUUAUAAUUCUAGAUCCCAAAUUUGCCUCUGUUGUGUUGGCAUAGAAAAUCACCCAUGUUUUUGUCAGCAAUGCAGCUAGGGUUUGAUGGUGGGGCAGUGUUUAUAUUGUGGAGUGAAUAUUCUUUGACAUUCCACUGUAAGCUUUGGUAUAAUUUUGAGGUCAUUGAAUAUCAGGUAUCAGGUGGGUAGGCAGUGCUCAUAUGAAGCAUCAGAUAUUUUUAAACUGUCUUUAAUUCCAGUGAUUUGGAUCAAUCAAAUGUGACAGAGGAAACACCAGAGGGGGAGGAGCAUCCACCUGCCGACUCAGAGAAUAAGUAAGUAUUACAUUGCCAGAAUCCUUGUUUGAUCAUUUAUGAGGUUGCUAGGCUCCUUUCAUGUCAAAAGGAGGUGGUUGGUUGUUUUUUGUAUAAAGUUUUUCUUUUAAAAACAGGAAAAUCUGUUUACUUAUUUAAAUUUCCUUUUUUACAUGAUUGGCAGACUCAGGUUGAGAUGCUUAAGUGGAAUUUUAGCUUAAAAUCCUCAGAAAUCUAAACUGGUGAAAUGGUGAGUCUAGUUGAGAAGCUCUGGUCUUGAAUUGGCAGUGAUAAAACUGUGAAAUCCAAUGUUGGUGCUAGCUAAAAAGUAGCUACUUCAAAAACUACAGGAUUGUGUGUGUAAAUAAGGUUGUAGGAUGGAAUCCGAUGGUGUCCAUGAAUGACAGCAAAGGACCUUCCAGAGCAGGUUUGUGGAACUGCAUGAUGAAAGGGCGAGGGAGCCCUGUUGUGCAUCCACAAAGUGUUGGAUUUCAACCUUCCUAUUUGAGCCUUUGUACUUGCACAAUGAUGCUGAAUAACCUAUUGGCAUUUUGAGCUAGCUAAACAUUUCUUUCUUGCAUAGUGGCUUGUCAUGCAUUUGCCACUUCGUUUUGACAUGUCAUAGAUGUGCUGUGUAAAAUCGUAAAAUUGGAUGAGAAAUGGGGAGUGGAGGUGGUACUUAGGUGCAGGACUAUCAUAGACUGAUGGGCAUUGACGCAGAUAACAAUACUUACUGACUUGAACUUUUAAAGUGGAAAAGAUCUUUCAGCAGCAUAGGAAGCCUACAUGCCUUGGUUAAGUGGCUGUUGUGCUGUAGAUAACUCAGCACAAUCAUGCAAUGCCAUUAUUUGGAUGUCCUACAUGUGAACUUGGCACAUGCAUGCACUUUGGGAGCUUUCAGGCAAUACUUACUUCGGAAAUACUUACUUGGUUACUAUAGUAUAAGCUGAGAUUUCAUUUAACAUUAACUAACUUUAAUUGUGAGCCCUUACCAGAGAUCAUGAAUGAAACAACUUGAUUCAUUUUUUAAGUCAGGAGGUUCACAGCUGAUCAUUGAUGUAACUACUUCGGACAGGUUUCCAUUUUGUUUUGCACAUAGCAAGCUGCUCAUUGUUGUUGCUGGUGAAGUUUUGAAGCCAUUUUCCUUUUUUUUCCCCCUCCCAAAAUAGAUAUGGCAAUGAAAUUGGUAUACUGAUAUAUCAGUUAAGUCAUAAUGCCUCUGGGAGAAUCAGCAUUUGAAGCUGUUGUGCAAAAUCUUGCUUUGGGGGAAUGCCUUAGCACUGAUGUACGUAAGACAUACAGUCUGUGCUUUAACUUGUCUUUCUCCAUACGGCGAGCUGUCAUGACAUGACUGGAGGGGGUGGGAGGCAAACCAUUGAAAACUGUUAAGGUAUUGUAUCUGUUGGGAAAAACAAUUGCUUUGUAAUUGCUGAAGAAGGACUGGUAAGGAGGAAUUAAGCAGAACUGUUCUAUCUCUGUGGUCUGCUAAAAUACAGAUAAGGUUUAGCUGCCAGCUAUUAGUUAUCAACAAUGUGUUGCACACUUGGAUUAAUGCAACUUGUCAUGAAGCCAGAGUUUAUGUGGUCACGUGAUUUCCAAUAGCACAGUAUUUUGUCUGAAUUGAAAAUAACAUCCAUUAAAGUACAGCUUUUUGUGUGAACAAUAAAUUCUAGAAGUGUGGCCUUCCUGGUUGCUUCCAGCAUUCCGAUAUUGAGACUUCACCAUUCUGAGUGUGACAAAGACUAUGAAAUGAGUUUCCACCAUUGUAAACUUAUUUCAGAGAGAAUGAAGUAGAAGAAGUCAAGGAAGAAGGUCCUAAGGAAAUGACUCUGGAUGAAUGGAAAGCUAUUCAAAAUAAAGAUCGUGCAAAAGUUGAAUUCAACAUCCGUAAACCAAAUGAAGGUGCUGACGGACAAUGGAAAAAAGGUUUUGUUCUCCAUAAGUCAAAGAGUGAGGAGGUGGGUUUUUCUGGAUUAUCUUGUCUUCAUGGAAUCACUGUUGUAGAGUUGGAAGGAACCACAAAGGUUAUCCAGUCCAACCCCCCACAGUGCAGGAAUCUUGCCCAACAUAGGACUCGAACUCGCAACCCUGAGAUUAAGAGUCUCAUACUCUACUAACUGUGCUAUCUGAUGUUUUCAUUUUACUCACACCUUUAAGAGUAAGUAGUUUAAGGUAUCCUAUCAAUAUUUACAUUCUCUAUAGCAGAUGUUUUGCCUUUACCAUGUGCAGAAACCAGUCCUGUUUUAAUCACUUUGAAACAAACGUUUCUAGCCUUUGCUAGAAAGGCUAGAAGUUUUCUCUCUUUGAGUGAAAACCAUGGAGACCCAGCUGCUAUCUAGUAAAGUCUCCAACAUAGGUCAAGCUUAGUAAAGCUUUCAGUUCUUGGUGUGUGGGCAUUCAAGGUCUAGAUGAAACUACGCAUUCCAGCUCUGCUGAAUUCGGUGGGAGGUUUACCACUGGGAUGUUGAUUGUGUCCAUAAUUUAUUGAAACCUGAAUCCUAGGGCAAACUCAAAAAUGCAGAAUUCAUGUGUGGGAUACUUCAUUCUAUUAUGGUACCACUUCUGAUGAGUAAUUCAAGCAUGCACCACAGACACCAUUUUAUAAGUCCACAGAGAGCUAGCAGUGUCAAGGGAAAAGGUGCUUUUAGUUGACCUAGGCUCGGAAGUCCUGUUGUGAGUGGGGUUCUGCUUGCCCAACUCUCAGUACCUGGUGAAAUAUAUUCAACUGUAGUAGCUUCCUGUCAGAAAUUUCAAUGUGAUUAAUUUUAUGCUGGUGCAGAUGAGGUGAUACUUGCUAACUUGGAAUUUUCAUUCCAGUGAUUUGGAGUUUACACUUAUUUUUACCACCAAUUCUCUCUGAUUUUGGAAUAUUUGCUAAGGCACAUAAAUGUGGGAAAUAAUGGACACCUAACUGAAAAAUCCAUUGCAUAUUUACUUGGAUGUAACUUCCCACUGUUGAGGCUUACUCCUGGUUAGGUUUGCUUGGAAUUGCAGCCUUUAAAUGUGUUUUACAGUUGUGCAGCUCCUUUAAGACCAACUAAAGAUUACUACUUUAUUCCAUGGUUAGGAAACCAAUGUAGGGACCUGAUUAAGCCUGCCAGUCCUCCAUAUUUGGCCAAGCGACGCCCACUUGCCCUACACUUUGUUAUACAUGAUGUCAGGUGUGAGACUGGUAAAAAUCUGGCUUGUAGGUACUGCAGAUCAGCUGAUUGUCUGGUAUUGUGAAGCACUUUGAAAGGUGCUCUGUUAGCAGCAUCUGCUGUGCAGUUUGAUUACACAAACUGGUCAGAAAAGGUCAUCCGACAUCAUUCUGGCAAUUGAGUCAGGUGAUUGCCCCCACCCUCCUUUCAAACUUGUUCCACAGAGGAGAUAACAUCAGACCCAUUUGCCAGAUUUAGUUAUUCACCCCAUUAUAUUCUAAUGUGAUCCAUUGUUCAGCCCCCCCAUGGUUUCUCAACACUUAAUUGGUGUUGAUGUUGCAAAAAACAAAAAAAGCUCAUAACCCUUAGGGUAAUGUGCAAGCCAGAAAUUAAUAGCAGGCUUCUGUGUGCCCCUAAAAUAUGCUCCGGAGGGUUGGGGGACUCCUGGAACAGAUUGGCGGGGUACAGGAGGAGAGGAAGGGGAAAUGUUGCAUUUGCUGAUGUGAUGUUAGAUUUUGCCCAAAUUUUCUAGUUGCAUAAUCUGCUUACUUCUUUUGCUCUGUCCACUUGUUUAGUCACUUGUAUCCUAUUGGGUUCACCUACCUUGAACCAUAGAGCAUGUUAUUUUAAUAUGCAAAUUCUCAUUUACUUUUUUUCUCUCCUUGUGUAUUGACAUACAAUUUGCAUCAGACAAAGGGGGUGACAGAGAUGCAAGGGAGUCAGAUGGAAUCCAAUGAGGUACGAACACUAUAUGUGGCAAUGUUGAUGUUGUCCUUAAACAGUUAUAAAGCAUUAAAUUUUUCUAAGUUGUGUGAGUGAGUGAAUAUAUGAAUAUAUUUCCUGCAUGGUGAAGAGCAGUCUGUAAGUGCCAACAAAUAAAAUAAAAGGUAGGACAGGGAACCUGUGGACGGGUUCCUUACGUAAUAGCUGUCUUCUGAAAGGAGCAAGGAAUGAAGAGGAAAGGGCUUUGGAGCAGCUGCUCUUUGGCUGCCUGGAUGGGGCCAGGUUGGUCUGCCUCUUGCCAUGAAGUUCUUCCUGGGAAUCAGGUGGUGCAGCCUGCCAGUGGCGCUGGAUGCUCUCCACAGUGGCAAGAGGCCAGCCUAUGCCUCACUUUGGUUCUGUAGGUCUAGGGAAGCACCUUUUUAUUACACCUUCCCCAGUCAUGGCCAUGGGAAGCAGGUUCCAUGCCUGAGACCGCUGUUGGCUGUGUUGUAAGUGAGGAGCCAACAUAAAGGAGAAAGUCCCAUUGUGUUCACUGCUUUUACUGUCCAGUCAAGUAAGUUUUGUCUCUCAGUUGAUCUCUGUUCUGUGAUCUGUAUACUAAAGUUCAUUGCCUGGCAGUUUGGAUGCAGUAAUACACUAGCAGGUAUAUGCAAUCUUAUUUUAGGGAUUAAAUUAAAAGAUCCAAGCAUUCUCCACCUCUGCCAUAGGAGGACACUUCAGUAACACAAGCCUAACUGAUAAGCAGAAGCUGAGAGCAGCAAGGUCAGUAUAGGUCUGCUUGAGGCUAAACAUAGAUGUUUGCAGGAUAUGGGGCACUCCAGGAGACAGUGACUUUAAAAAGUACAUGCUGCCUGUCACCUGAUGGUUGGCACCCAGAUGCCUGUUCUAGCUUGUAGAAGCCUUUCCAGUUAAUAGAGAUGCGUUGAAUAGGAAAUUUUAAUUAAGUGGCAGGCAAUAUUUUGUUUUUGAGGCUUCUGAGCAAUUUUCUCUGUAUCACUUCUGAAAUUCAAGGUGGUUUGCAGAGGGUGGGGCAGGCUUGGGUACGAUUUACCUAAUACGGCGGCUUCUACUGGAUUCCACCAUCCCACCUCUGCAAUUUUUUUCUGCAUGUUUUGGAUACAAUCAUAUCUCUUAUUAGCUACUGAAUGCUAAAAUAGAGAUGAAUAAGUACCAAUACCUGGAAUUUGGUAAAUAUUUACUGUAUAUUGAUAUAGUUCCAGCAUUCAGCUAAAUAAGCAAACAAUAAAUGAAAGCACACUGUGCUUAGGUGUACAUGUGCUACAUUCUGCUUUUGCUCUUGGCUGUCCUUCCUGUAGUCAAAAGGGCUGGGGCCAUUUGUGGCAGUUUUUGACCAGCAUUUCAUACAAGUGGUGUUUGAGUGCUGUAAUCCCCCCUCCCCCACACCCAGUGUUGCAUUCUGGGUUGUAUCUGGUAUUUAGUGAAAAUACCUUUUCAGUGGUGGUCCUGACUUUCUUAUUUCAUUUUAGUCUCAUGCUGAAGACUCUGCAAUGGAUCAUCACUUCCGCAAGCCAGCAAAUGAUAUCACAUCUCAGCUGGAAAUCAAUUUUGGAGAUCUUGGUCGUCCUGGGCGUGGUGGCAGAGGUGGAAGAGGAGGACGUGGACGCGGGGGAAGAGCUAAUCGUGGAAGCAGAACUGACAAGGUAACAGUUCUUUCUAUUUAAACGAAAGAGGUUUUUUGUAUACCUGUUGAUGGUACUUAAAAACAACAUGAGCAGGUUUCAGCGACUAAGCUGCUGAGCAAGUUACCAUAAAAUUACGCAUAGAUCUAUCCUCCUAGUCUUUCCUUUUACACCUGUGCCCUUUGUAGUGGAGCAAAAAUUUAGUUUAAGAGGUGGUACUUAUUUUAAUAUUGGUGGCUUUAAUCCAUGUGUGCGUGUGCAGAAUACAUUAGUUUGCCACCAUGAGUUUGAAAGUUGACAUAGGCUUGAAUCCAAAUCACCUGUCUGAACAGUAGACACUUCUGCAAGUACUUUGGGUGUUACUUAAGCUUUUCCCCACAUGUGCAUGACUGAGAACUAUUUCAUGGAAUCUUUUACCUUUGUGAAAUACUAAGGGAUAUAGCUAGAAGGAAGGGACUGAAACACCCUCUAGACUGAGCAGAAGCACCCUCAUACAAAUUUCGGUUUAAGACAUUGUUUUCUUGACAAAAUGUAGACAUGCUCAUGAUGUUACCAUGUAUAUUGCAUGUGUUGUCUUUGCACACUUUGGAUGCAACUUAAUUAUGCCUAUUUCUCAUGCAAAACAUGAAGUUCCCAAAUAUGCUGGGUGGGUACCACAGCUUGCAAACAGCAAUUGAUACUCCAGUGAUUUCUCGAUCAUAAGCGGGAAUGUUUUUCUUUAUUGGCUUUAAUGUGUUUAAAAAGAGAGAGAGAGUAGUCUAUUUUCACUAUGAAUUCAGUUGCUGGAUUUCUCUUUUUGAAAGGCUUUUCCAGUAGAACUAAUUGAGAAUCCAGCAUUUCUGUUUUGUGAUUUUGCUCAUUAUGAAUGUGCAGAUCCACACUAAUACUUGUGUCUUGACUGUGUUUCCUUCUAGUUGGUUAAGGAGUUUGAUGUGAUCCACACACCCAGCCAGGUUGGUGACUUGUUUAUAAAUCUCUCAGGAUGUGUAUACAAUUGUAGCCUUAAUCCUGGUCAGACAUUCUUCACUGGUGAAAGUCAGUGUUAAGGAUGAAUUAAAUCAUAUGUAACACUUAUCAGAAUUUCUGGUUAAAGUGUUAGUUUUUGCAUGCAUUUUGAUACUCUUAAUUUGUCUUUGUUGUUUGGUUAAAAACGACAACCUGCUUUCACAUUUUUAUUUGCUUACCUGUAGCAUUUAUAGAUGACAACCAUUUUUUAACCCUCCUGGACUUUCCCCCCGGCUUUGACAUGUCUUUGUUUCCGUAAUGCUUGCAUGUCAGGGCUGUUUGAGGUUGUAUUGGGUAUAAAAUAGAAACACUGUAACUGUAACCAUGAUGUUAUUAAGGUAUUGUUUUUAAAAUUUAGACAGAUCACAAAACCCACAGUAACAGUUUCCCUCCAUUCUGGGAAUUGUUCUUGGCAUCUAGGCUAUUGGGGUUUCUUAAUGUCAUCUAAAAUGAAGCUACCCGUUUACCAUCAGCAUACAACAUAACAUAGCAUUUACAUGUAGGUUGUCUUGGAAGUAACAUCUGGAUGAAACUCUGUCCUUAUGUGGAAGUAGGCAAGACUUCAUAAUUUACUAUAAUUUAUUAUAGUUACAUGGGUUCUAAGAAUCCAAAUUUCUGCACACUAUCUCCAGAAAUAGGUUUUAUAAAUGGAGUGUUGCAGUGUUAUAAUGUGAAGCCGAUCAAAGCUUGAAAGUCCUUGUCAAAGCAAGUGAGCUGUAUCAUAUUGCAAAUUUCUCCAACUUCAUUUGGGGUUUAUAUUAAGAUGUUACUGAGCUGAAGACAAAAGAUACAUGUGUAGAAUUAAAGUAUACAGCUCCCACAUAAACAGGACUUGGCAUCCUUUCUAUCAGAUCAGCAUAGAUUCAAUUGUAUCAUGAGCACAGGUGUAAAUAUUCUUGCCAGUGAUGGAUUUUCCAUUUAACACCAAAUCACCUGUGCUCAUGCCUCUUUCUCCUUCUACAACUGAAAAGUUGUGUGUGUGCAGUGUGUACAGGCAUGGUCUGAAGGUAAAUGAUGCAACCACCUUGCUUGAAGCUAAGCAAGUCUGGGUCUGGUCAGUGCCUGGCAGGAGACUGACUGGAAAUCCUAUUUACAGUACGUUGAGUUCCGUGAUGGAAGAGAGGUGUGAUACAAAUGUACAUAAUAACUAGAGCACACACUUCAAGUCUGGAUUACUUAUGGUUCCAUACUACUAAACAUAACAACAGAAUAGAAUUAAAAAUCCCAGUUCAAGAUUUUCUUGUACUGGACUUGUGUAUGAGUGCACAUAAUUGUCUACAAAGUAUCUGAAGUAAGUUCAGAGAAGGCACCAAGAAGAUCAGGGUCUGGUAGGUUUAUAUUGGGAGGGGUGUUCCAAAAUAUUUCAAGGUUCUGCGCCAUAUAAGGAUUUAUAGGUCAAAACUAGCACUUUGAAUGGGGCCUGGAAACUUAUAGGCAGCCAGUGCAGUUGUGCCAAGUUCAGUGUUAUAUGAUCAGUUUGCCAUGAGCAUAUCAGCAUUGGGUAGCUACAUUCUGCACUAGUAGUAGUUUCCAAACAGCGUUCAAAGGCAGCCCCAUGUAAAGCGAUCAAAUACUGAGGUUAACAGAGCAUAGAUUAUUGUAGCUGGGUUAUUCCAGGCCAGAUAGGGUCAUAGUUGGGCCACCAACCUAAACUGAUGGAAGGCACUCCAUGCCACCUGUGAUGGCAAUGGAUAUCUAGAGCAGGCUGCACACUGCUCAGCCAGACAAGACAACCACCCACUAGCAGUGACUGAGACUUGUCUAAAUUAAGCUUCAGUUUGUUGACCCUCAUCCAGUUCAUCAUUACAGCCAGGCCCUGAUUCAGUGUAUUAAUUCAAUGUGAACGUUCUGUUACCUUACAGAAUGCCGCAAAUGAAAAUGGUUACGUGGACUCUCCAGAUAACGUACAUUCUGUUUUUCUUUCAGUCAAGUGCUUCUGCUCCUGAUGUUGAUGACCCAGAAGCUUUCCCAGCUCUGUCCUAA